AACAAGCGGCAGACAAAAUGGAUUUAAGUAAGGCGGAGACAGAGGAUAUUCUGUUCUGUUGCAUUAAAAAAUUUACUUUGGAUAGAUUAGUAGAAAAUGCCAGUAGAUUAUUAGAACCUAUCCAGGACGGAACUAAUGACUAUUAUGAAUUAGGAAUAUCCAUAAUCAUGACAAUAAUCGCUUUUAUCUCCCAAAAAGGAGAAACUACGACCCCUAGCAAAAACUGGCCAAGAAUGAAGCCAAAGAAGAAAACAAAAAAUAAAUAUUUAACUGUUAAUCCCUUUACUACUUUUAAAGAGAUUAUUCAGCAAGGAAAAUUUUUUGACUUAAUUAUAAUUGAUGGUCCUGCUUGCACUAGCCAAGGAACCUUGGAAAUAGCCAAGGUGGCUAAUUUAGUAAUCCAGCCAACGGGGUCAGUUUGG